GUGAGCGCUUCUGGAGCACAUAUCGACGCAGACACACACGCACACAUCGGCACAAGAGAGACACAAGAAACACACACACGCACGCCGACACCAGCACACACGCGCACACGCAUCAACGACCAUGGCGUAUGAUUAUCGUGGUGAUGGGGAUGGCCCCGCAGUGAUGCCGUUUCAAAUUGAUGAGCAGGACGAGGACCGGUCCCAGCUGAGCGUUGUGGACGGCGACAUCCGACCGCGCGUGCUGUUGGUGGGCCUGCGCAACAGCGGCAAGACAUCCAUCGCACGGGUGGUGUACCACCGGCUGUCACCAAACGAGACCACGUUCCUGGAAACUACAUCCGACAUCACAUACGACAGCAUGCCCUCCACAUCCUUCCUCAACCUGCAGAUUGUCGACUUCCCGGGCCAGCUCAACGUGCUGGACCCCAUGAUCCGCGGCGAGGACCUCUUCGACAACCUGGGCGCAGUGGUGUUUGUGCUGGACGCGGCAGAGAACAUCGGGCCCGCCACCGCGCUGCUGUGCAACCUGGUGCAGGAGGCAUACAACAUCAACGAGAACAUCAACUUUGAGGUGCUCAUCCACAAGGCCGACACCAUCGGCUCCGAGGAGAAGCGCGUCAUCACCCAGCAGCUAAACGAGGCCGUCCACGACGGGCUGUACGGCGUCGACGUGCAGAUCAGCUUCUACCUCACCAGCAUUUUCGACGUGUCCGUGUUCGAGGCCAUGAGCAAGAUCACACAGAAGCUGCUGCCGCAGUUCCCCAGCAUGCAGGGCAUGCUCGACACGCUCGCCGGCCGCUCCAACAUGAUCAAGGCCUUCCUGUUUGACGUGUCCACAAAGAUCUACGUGGCAAGCGACAGCCGCACCGUGGACAUUGGCCUGUACGAGGCGUGCUCGGAUGGCAUCGACCUUGUUGUCGACGUGUCUGGCGUGUUCCGUCGCAAGCGCGAGGGCGAGACUGCGCCGUCCAUCCUCUAUGACGAGAAGACCGUCGGCGUCGUCCCCGUGCGCAACUGGACGCUGUACCUGCGCCACGUCACAAAGCACCUCAUGCUUGUCUGUGUCAUUGGCACCCCGCUCUUUGAGUCCAAACAGGCCAUCAUCAAGGCAAAUGUCGAGGCCUUCCGCGAAGGCAUGCACAAGAUGCUUGCUUUGUACCCUGGCCACGAUGAAGCGCCCGAACCUGGUAGCGUCUAGUUUGUUCUGUUUGUGCUUGUGUGUGUCGUGAGUAUGAGCGAGUGAGUGUGUGUGUGUGUGUGUGUGUGGUUGUGUGGUUGUGUGGUGAGUGAGUGAGUGAGUGGUUGUGUGGUUGUGUCGCGAGUGUGUAUGUGCGUAUGUGUGUGUGUGUAUGUGUGUGUGUGUGAGCGAAUGCUUGCUGUGGUGUAUGUGCGUGUAUGUGUGUGUGUGUGUGUGAACGAGCUAGGUGUCGUCAUGCAUGUCCUGUUAUGUGUUUGUGGAUUGUGGGUGCAUCUGUACUCCUGCUGCCCUGUCCCCACCCCCCUUUGUCUUUCGCUCCUUCAGCUGUUGCUUUCCAGCCAGUGCUUCCUUGUUUUGUCAUCAGCUUGUGGCUUUGAAGCAGCCAAUCGUUUAUGUCCAUGUCGAAACAACCAAGAAGCAAGAAGCAAGAAGCAAGAAGCAA